AAAAUACGAGUAAUUUAAAGCAACUAUUGUAAAAUAAAUGUAGGAGCUAAGACUAAUAUCUUUUCGUGAUAUUCAUUCCAAAAAAAGGAGAAAGAAAUUGAUGUACGGGGCGACCUUUUACGGCCUCCACAUGACACAAAGGAACAAAGGUUCUCUUUAAUAGUAUUGAAAUAUAUUUAUAUAUUUAAUAUAUUUAUGGAUUCAGCAGAAUAUUGUUUUUUCCUUUUUAUUUCCUUUUUCUAAAAGCAUGUACAUGGUAAACAAUAACUAGUGUGAUUUUUGCCAGUAUGUCAUGUUGAAUUUAAAGAAUACCCCGAUGUCCUUCGACGAAAUUGCCAUCUUAGCCUUCUUCAAAAUGAAUACUUACUGUUACAAGAAUAUCUAAUUAUUAAUCUGUAAACACAUCUAAUCACUGGUUUCCGAUAAUCGGAAAGUCUGUUUCAAGAAGAGGAUUGCGGUAUCUAUAGUGAUCUGGUCAUUUGAUGUUGGCAUCACGCGCUUGUAUUCAUGACUUAUUAUAACAAAAAUCCUAUUACUGUUAGGUCAUUAUGAACCUAACAAAUUUAACUUGAUUUAACAACGCGUUAACUUAACUAUAAUAACAAACAUGACGGUAGACUGUUGUUGGAAAUUAUUUCGUAUUUUUGUACUGUUAGUUUACUGUUUACCUAACGUUAUGAAUUCUGAAUUCAAACUUGGAAUGUUGAGUCCAUUUCGUCAUCCUCGGCUAGGCUGGGAAAACAAUGCUGCGGCAGCCACAAUUGCUGUGGACAAGGCCAAACAGGAGGGCAUUUUAGUUGAGCAUAAUAUCAGUGUGUUAUGGAAAGAUGAUGGAUGUAGUGCCGAGGGAGGGACAGCAGGCACCAUGAUGCUCAAGGACGAAGACGUUGACGUUUACAUCGGACCGCCAUGUUCCAUUUCAACGAAGCCAUCUGGACUUCUUGCAAGGUAUUGGAAUCUGCCUAUGUUCUCUCAAGCGUCAACUGACCCAGCACUGGAAGAUAAAAGCGUCUACAAGACAUUGGUUCGUCUAGGUCCGCCAUUUAAUAAAAUGGGCAAAGCGUUUGUUGAACUGUUCAAACAUUAUAACUGGACACAAGUUGUGAUAAUUUCGAAACGUAAGAGUAGCCAGAGACAUGUUUUCUGUGAUUAUUCCACGAGAUCAGUAGAAACAGCGUUCAGUGAGAAUGAUAUAAAAAUAGUUGAUUUCAUACCAAUAGAGGCUGGUAUAGCAGACGGACAAAUAGAUAUCGUUCUGAGCAGAGCAAGACAGCGGGCUAGGAGUGAGUUAACUAUUUAA